CCCGAUUUCUCUCCUCGCUUUGUUUCCGGACUCAAGCAUCGCCGAUUUGCCAGCCCCGUCGAUCGUAUCACUAAGCAGUCUGCUAAGCAUUGCCAGCCGCCAAUUCCGCCAAUGCAGAGCUUGAGUGAAGCACGAUCCGUCUAUCAAGAUCGUUCUGGGUAAAAGCCCUUCGACGCCCCGGCUCAUCUUCCGUGCCAUCGAAGCACAGGUUUUCAGUCGUCGCUUGACCUGGUGGAGCGUGUGUUAUCUCCAGCAGGCGCAUGUGUUCUGCUGCCGGUUUGGCCUUGUUGAGCAAAGCCACGUCUUUUUUGGGGGUUAUAUAUCCAUUUCACAGCCAACCUCAGGCCCGAGUCCCCCUUAACCUUGAAUUGGCAAGCGCCACAGGCAUAUACCACUGGGUCUCGCUGAGUCAUAGCAAACCUCCAUUUCACCUUGCUGAGAACGGCCCUCGGUGGUCGGAAUCCCAUAUGUAAACGUUGACUACUGGGUACUUUGUCCCCUGUCCGCGUUUGGCCCUGUAUUCUCCUCUUUUCGUCUUCGGAACAGCAGCAGCAAUGUCGGAAGUUGACAACAGACACUCAGACACGACGGCCCCCGAGGAAGACAGCAAGGCUGCCACAGACAUGGCUCGUGAUGUCGGCGCUGGCGUCGAAGCCGCGCAGCCCAAACCCGGUCUCUUCAAGAAAAUACGGACAAAAUUGAAUCUUGAUGUUCCCACGCUUCUACUGAUGCUCAAGGGAGGGUUACCUCCAGCGAUUGCCCUCGCAGCUUAUCAGAGUGAUGCUUGGGCCAAACAAUACUCGACCUUGGGAUAUCUGAUUGCAAUCACGUCUUUUUUGUCUCUUCCAAUUCUUCCGCGGGCAAAAUUUGUCCAGUCCAUGAUAAUAUCCAUCAUCACGGUCUGCUUUGCUGCCGCCGUUUCCCUGCUAUCGAUACAAUGCGCCGUUGCAGCGCGUCAACACGGAGCCCAAAGACCCAACUCUACGACCACUGGCUCCUCUGGUAGUAAACAGAGUCUGCAAUACAGUUCAGCAGCUAAUGUCACAGCCUGUGUCUGGCUGUUCUUCUGGCUAUGGGUCGCGAAUACGAUGCGGGCAGCGCGUCCCCAGCUCUUCAUUGUAUCCAUUCAAUUCUCCAUUUUCGUGGUUGUCGCUUCCACCUACACUCCGACGUUCCCGAAUAUGACAGCUGGUAUAAGUUUUGUGAAACGGCUGCUGAAGGUGUUUCUGACCGGAUAUGCUUUGGCUACUGCUGUUUCACUUUUCGUCAUUCCGUUUUCCUCGAGGCUGAUCGCCAAAAAACAAAUUGCCGGCGUUCUCAAUUUGAUGAAAGCCUCCCUUUCCAUCCAUACCGCGUAUCUGCACGGUAUUACUACUUCUCAAACCGGCAGCCCUGGGCUUCUGGACGAGAAUGGCAACCCCUUGCCGCUCCAUGAGAAUCCUGAGGCGCGAGUGUCGAUGAAGGCUGCCGAAGAAGCCGCUCAGAACUUGAAAGUAACCAUCCAAAAAGCCACUCAGUUGUUCGGCCAGUUGAAGCUCGAAAUCGGCUUUGCUAAGAAAGAGAUCGGAUGGGGCAAACUGCAACCGGAAGACUUCGGUCGGAUUUGGGAACGAUUGCAGAACAUCCUCCUUCCUGUCGCAGGGUUGUCAACCUUUGUAGACAUCCUUCAAUCCGUGAAACGCCACAAAGCUGAGGGGGAAAACCUGAUUUCGGAUUUGGAUGCUAUCGAAGCUAUCAGACGACUCGAGGCCGAAGAAUGGCAUGAAGUUGUCGUCAUGUCACGCAUUCCAUUCUGGAAAAUGAAGACGACCCUGGUGGACGGUCUGACCCAUGUUGCCUAUGUGCUGGAACUCACACCUCGGCCAAAGACUCCCAAGAAAGAUAUCGAGACAACUGCACAGGCAUCUCCAGUCCCUGGAGAUCCUGCCUUCGCCCAACACUUGAAGGAGCAAAUGGCGAUUUUCCAAAAGCACCGGCAAGAGACCAUGCGAAAAUGGUGCGAGAAAAAGGGUAUAGAAGUACCCUCGAAAUUUUGGGAAGAUACAUCCUCUCAAUACAACUUCGAACAGGCGAGCUCUAUCCAGGAGGCGGUUCGACAGAAACAGAACCACCAACAGCUGUAUCUGAUCCUCUAUCUCGAGUAUCUCCUGUUCGCGAUUUGCCACGCUGUGCUGGAUUUCGUCCUCUUCGCAGAUUCGAAGGUGCAAGACGGCAGCAUGAGAAAGAACAAGCUGAUCUUCCCUGGAUGGAGACGGAUUCGCAAGUUGCUGCAGAAUGCGUUCAAGCAGAUGGACGCUAGCGAAGGGCUUCAGGAUGGACCGGCAUCGGGCAUCUAUAUAUGGGUAGGAGACUCUCUCCAAAAACACAAGGACCCAGAACAUCUACCGCCAACGAACCUGUACCAGCGGGUGACGAAUCACCUAAGGUCUAUCCCAAAGUUCCUGGCCUCUGAUGCUUCGCAUUUUGGCUUCAGGGCCGCAACUGCGAGUAUCAGCCUGGCAAUCAUCGGCUACAUGCGCCAAACCCAUUCAUUUUACCUGGCUCAACGUGGAAUCUGGGCCGUCAUCAUGGUCGCUAUCAGCAUGGGUGCGCACGCUGGAGCGGGCGUUCAAGGAUUCAUUCUCCGUAUCCUGGGCACUGCCAUUUCGAUGGUCAUUUCGAUUACGGUGUGGUAUAUGGGCGACCAGAAACCCGCAGCCAUCAUUCCGCUGACCUAUCUGGUCUUCGUGUGCGGCGUUUAUGUGAUACUCAAACACCCGAAACAGCUGAUCACAGCCGUCAUCUCAAUUGUCACCACCAUUUUAAUCAUCGGCUACGAGCUUCAAGAUAAGAAGGUCGGCACGAAGGUGCUCAGCAGUAACGGACAGCAAUUCUACCAUGUUUACCUCCUCGCUCCAUAUCGUCUGGUCAGCGUCGUGGCAGGCCUCGCUGUCGCGUUUUUCUGGACCUACUUCCCAUACCCGAUCACCACGCACGCAACCCUCCGCAAAGACCUCGGCGCAACUCUGUACCUGAUGGCCAACUACUACUCGUGCAUGCAUUCCACCGUCGAAAUCCGCCUUCGCACAAGCCCCGGCCUCGCGAUCGACAAGAAAAACGACCCCUUGCGCAGGCUGGGAAAGGCGCGCCGCAAGGUGUUUGACAAGCUGAUCGUCAUGUUGAACCGGCUGCGCGAACACAGCCAGUUCCUCAAGUACGAACCGACGUUCGGCGGGAAAUUCCCCAAGGAGACCUACGACGAAUUGAUCGUGCACAUGCAGUCGCUCUUCAACUACAUGGCGCUAACGGCGUACUCGAGCAACGCCUUCUCAUGCGAGGGCGAGGAGUCGGAGUGGCUGAGGGACUUCAAGCGCAUCACGGCCAAGUCGCGCAUCACCUCGCACGCGCUCACCUCGACCCUGUGCCUGGUCUCGGCCAGCAUCACAAACUCGCAGCCCCUGCCGCCGUACAUCACCGUGGCGCGCCCGAUCGACAUUGCCGACCAGCUCGCCGCCAUCGACCCGGGCAUCCUCAGCAUCCAACACAUCAACGAGCCGUGCUACGCGGCCUUUGCCGUCCUGGAGAUCGCGAGCAUCCUCAUCAUGCAGGAGAUGGUCGCCGUGCUCGCAAAGGUCCGCGAGCUGGUCGGCGAGGUCGACUUCUCGGUGCAUUUCGGCGCCCCCGGCUCCUCCAUGGCCCAGAGCGACUCGACGCUGGACGAGAAGGACUUGGCCAAUGGUGACGAUUCCGGGAGGAAGGGCAAGGUGGAUUAAUUCCGAUUCGAGCUUGUGCUGGGGGUUCGGUACAUGUAUGGAGAAGUGAUGCCUCAUAUGGGCAGGGUAACUCGGUCCGCUUUUUGUUGGAUGUUAUGACCGUGGUUGAUGGAUCGAUAUGCAGCGUUCGUGCUUUUCAUGGCAUGCGAUGCCCCAAAAGCUUUCUCACAGCACUCGUCGCUUCGCCUUCGAAGGGCGCAAAGGGCAGCUUUGGGCCACGGAGGAGACAAGCAACGGCAGACGACCAGUGGUGCGACCCCUUCUCUUCUUGGUGGUGCAUCCAUUCGACUCGAAAUGGAGCUAGAUAUCCAUCAUGUUUGCGUUUGUAUCACCUUCAUAAUGAUGAUCAGAGG